AUGCAGAUGGCGGCGACCACAACGGAGCCACAGGUGGCCGUGCCGCCUCACCACCCCCACGCGCACCCGCAUCCGCACCCACCUCCGCAUCACCCGCACCCGCACCACCACAUGCCGCAGCCGCGGUGGGUCGUCCUCCCCUACCCGCCGCCGUCCAUGGUGGCCGCCCCGCCGCCUCCGCCGCCGCAGUUCUCCAAGCACUACGCGCCGGGGCCGCCGCCUCCCCCUGCCGCGGCCGGGCGACGCACGCCGACCCCACCCGCGGCCGGAUCCGGCGGGAACGGCUGCGAGGAGAAUAAGACGAUCUGGGUCGGCGACCUCCAGUACUGGAUGGACGAGAACUACCUCCACAACUGCUUCGGCCCCAGCGGCGAGGUGGUAACAAUAAAAGUUAUACGCAAUAGGCAAACUGGACAAUCAGAGGGAUAUGGUUUUGUAGAGUUCUUUUCCCAUGCAUCAGCAGACAAAGCUCUUCAGAAUUUUACUGGUCAUGUGAUGCCCAACACUGAUCGAGCCUUUAAGUUGAACUGGGCAUCCUAUAGCAUGGGUGAAAAGCGAUCAGAAGUUGUCUCUGAUCACUCAAUUUUUGUUGGUGAUUUAGCUGCUGAUGUUACUGAUGAAAUGUUGAUGGAGCUUUUUGCUAGCAAGUAUCGCUCCGUCAAAGGAGCUAAAGUUAUCAUUGAUGCAAACACAGGCCGUUCUAGGGGCUAUGGAUUUGUUAGAUUUGGAGAUGAUACUGACAAAGCUCAUGCAAUGACUGAAAUGAACGGUGUUUAUUGCUCUACUAGACCGAUUCGCGUAGGACCUGCAACGCCUAGAAGAACCUCUGGUGAUUCUGGUUCCUCAACACCUGGCCAUUCAGAUGGUGAUUCAAAUAACAGAACGGUAUAUGUUGGUGGGCUUGACCCAAAUGUUAGUGAAGACGAGCUGAGGAAAUCAUUUGCCAAAUAUGGUGAUGUUGCCUCUGUCAAAAUUCCUCUAGGGAAGCAAUGUGGCUUUGUUCAAACUGACGCAGAAGAAGCACUGCAAGGAUUGAAUGGGGCUGUCAUUGGAAAGCAGGCAGUUCGCCUUUCGUGGGGCCGCAGCCCAUCACACAAACAGUCUAGGGGCGAUUCCGGCAACAGGAGGAACAAUAACAACAUGUACUAUGGUACGCCGUUCUAUGGCGGGUACGGCUACGCGUCCCCCGUGCCGCACCCCAACAUGUACGCCCCUGCGUAUGGAGCCUACCCCUUCUACGGUAACCAGCAGCUGGUGAGCUAG